UUGACUGGGCUGGAAAGUCCCUUUCAAAUGGUCUUCAGUCUGAAGAUGAGAAUCCGUUUUUAGAGCAUUAAUAACUAUUAGGUGUUUAGCAUUAUUACGUUCAACCUGCACACAGGCGUUGUGAGAGUUCUAGCUAGCAAACAACCGCUAAAUCACUUCAGUUUGAGGGUGUACAUUGGCUCGGUGGCCAGCCAGGCUCUUUGUGUAGGGAUGUUUUGUUUUUGUUGAACAUCACAGCUCUCGUAGCUUGUUAGAGUAUUUGCAAUGUGUUGAAGCCCAUAAUAUUGAUAGCAUACGGUGCGAAUUUUGACUGAAAGGUUAGAAAAAGUAACCUGUGGACGUUGCAAAGCGACAAAGAUAUAAGGAGUUUGACGUCGAGGAGAUGGGGAAUUGUCUAAAAUCUCCAACCUCGGAUGAUAUUUCCUUGCUUCAUGAAUCACUAUCGGAUAGAGCUAGUUAUGGUGAUGGUGCAGAUCCAGAUCAGGAACCACCGCCACCAUACCAGGAGCAGCCCUAUGUGCCAGUGUACCACCCCACGCCCAGUCAGGCCCGCCUGGCCAGCCAGCUAACCGAGGAGGAGCAGGUCCGCAUUGCCCAACGCAUUGGCCUCAUACACCACCUCCCCAAGGGAGUGUACGACGCUAGCAGGGACGGCUCCGAGAAGAAAAUCAGAGAGUGUGUGAUUUGCAUGAUGGACUUUGUGUAUGGAGACCCCAUCCGGUUCCUGCCCUGCAUGCACAUCUACCACAUGGACUGUAUAGAUGACUGGCUGAUGCGCUCCUUCACCUGCCCCUCCUGCAUGGAGCCAGUGGAUGCUGCGCUGCUCUCCUCCUACGAGAACAACUGAGACACAACAGCACCACCGCUACCACCCCUGUACACUGUUUUGACUUACUCCCGCAUUCCACCUAUGCGGCCCCCUCCAGCAUCCCCAUGACCCACAGACAGCACCUCCAACAUGGGGGAGGGUCACAGCCUCUGGGAACAGUUGAGGGCUAUGUGGUGGUGUUGAAGGGUGCUGUGGAGGCGAUGGAUGGCUAACACAGAGAGGGGGCCUCUACCUUCUGGUCUGGCCUGCUGGACAGGAAAGCACAGGCUGGGGGAGGACUGUGGAUACUGAUGACCAAGACUGUCUCUUACUGUCAUAUAUCACCCUCUGUCCACAGCCAACAUUUUUAAUGCGUUAAAACUCUCUAGUAAUACAGAUAUAUGCAAAGAUCUCUUGCAAGAAGGUGAUUCACUGGCUUUCCUCUCCUUAACAUUGUGUUCAAGUCGGAAGCUCUGUUCUACCAGUCCUCUUAAGGGCUCAUUGGAUUAGUUUUACUAAUACAGAGGAGCAAAUUAUUAAUGCACAUGUACACAAAUCAGAAGAACUUCCACUUAUUUUCUAGCCCCAGUGGAAGAGUUCAGCAUAUGCUUACAAAAUAUUUGAAUAGAAACACUUAAUUUUCUCAUAUUCAGUAACCACAACAUGAUUGUUUCAACCCAAUGGUAAGGUUUGUUUUCCUGAGGUUGACACUCUAUCCUUAUUUGGUGAGUUUCUUAGACUAAUGAUCAGUCAAAAACUGAUCAUAUUGGUCUGCUAGGGGUUGGUCGCAAGGUGUGUUCGAUCAAAAUACUCUUGUUUAGCACAGUCUUUCUAGACUGCACAUCACGUUUCAUACCAGAGAUAUUCAACCUUCAAUUCACCCCAUUCAGAACAAGUGUCUUAGUCAUAUUACCAAGACCAUAUGAUUUAUCAUAAUUAGGCCCCUGUGUUUUGGUUAAUCAUGUCACAUGACCUGGAUUUUAACCUUUUCUUUUUAGCCUUUUCCAGAAUUUAGAUUAAAAAUGAAAGCAAUUGUCUAAAGAUGGAGCUGAUACAUCUGACAUAAAAAGUUUGAUGAAAAAGCUUUAAAUAAUGGUUCAAAUCCAGGUCAUGUGACAUGAUUAACCAAAACACAGGGCCCUAGUUCAUAAUGCAUACACACAAGUCAUUCAGUUAAUUUCAAUGAAUUAAGUUACAUGCCCUACUGUUUAUUUAUUAGUUCAACAUAUGAAUCAUCAGGUUGUUGUGCAAGGGGUUUGGAAAUGAGUGUGCUAACCACCCCCAACCUUUAGAUUUUUGUGUUCGUCUGCAUCUGUCUGAGCACAUGUGUUUCCUCAUCCUACUUGUAAAUAAUGUUGUUUUUCCAAGACUUUCCUGAUUUUCAUACUUAAACAUAGAAAAAAAAUCUCUAUCUCUUAUGAUAACAUGCUGGAACCUUUUAACAACUAUUCAAUCAGCACAAUUCGCUGUAACCAAUAGUUAAUAAAUAAUGGGUGUGGUUUUGGUCAUGUUAUGUUGCUGUAUUUUGACUGGCUCGAAUUAAAUGCAAAUGUUUAUUUACAUUGUAUUUUAAAUGGGGGCAGGGUAUCUUUUAUGUUCAGUGAUCAUUUUGCGACAUUUAAUAAAAGUAUUUUAGAUGUA